CCCUCUGGAAUGUGGCGCCAUCUGUAGGGAAAUUCUAAAACGUUUUAAGCUCUAGUCAGGUGAACUGACCACAUACAUGAACUAUAAAAAAACUACAUUUAAAAAAGUCUGUUACAUAAUAGUUCAAUACUAGAAUUCCUCUCAUAUUUUUUAUUCGAUAGAUUAUACUUCGUUUGCAUUGAAUGGAAACAAUUUUAUAUUUAUUGAUCGCUGCCAUCUAGCGCCGAAUAGGUAUUAUUAAAAAGUCGUAAAUUCAAAUAAGCCUAUGCUAUCCGUCUUGGAUUUCGGUCAGCUUUCGGCUCUUUAGAGCAUUUUCAAUUGUUUUAAAAGGACGUUUUCCAUUGAAAAUUACCCUACCGUGUAAAUGACAAUAGACGGUGGUUACGCUUGGGUGAUAGUUGCCUGUUCUUUCACACUUCAAGUUCUCGCAAUUGGAGUUGCUUACACUUUUGGUGUUUUAUACGUAGAACUUUUAAACGUCUUCAAAGAAGAUAAGUCAAAUACUGCUUGGAUUGGAUCAUUUCAAACUUUUUUUACAUACUUCUCAGGUAAGUUGGUCCUUUUACCUGUCAAAAGUAGGUGAUAAUAGUAGCAAUUUUUACUAUAUAUGCAGCAAUUAUUGGUCCUCCUCUGCUGGAAAGAUUCGGAUGGAGAAUUGUAACAAUAGUCGGUUCAAUUAUAAGCUGUAUUGGCUUUAUGGCAAGUUCUGGUGUUUCAACUAUCUAUCAACUAUUCUUUACGUACGGUAUUCUUACCGGAUUUGGUAAUGGUCUUAUGUAUUUCUCCUCAAUGGUUGCCGUACAGCAUUAUUUUGACAAGAAGAGAGCCUUAGCGACGGGUCUUGCUGUGAGUGGUAGUGGAGUUGGAAUGUUGGUCUUUAGUUUACUAACAAGAAUUCUCUUAGAUAAAUUUCAGUUGAGAUGGACACUUAUCUGCGAAGGUAUUAUUAUGUUGCUUGGUAUAGUAUGUGGUAUAUUACUAAGGCCGUUAGCUGACCAUUCAAUGGGUUAUGAGCAGGAGAAUCUAUUGCUGAAAGAGAAAGAAGAAAAAGAAGCGAUAAAAGAAACAAAGAUAAAUUCUUGCAUAUUAUCAAUUACGAAUUUUCUCAAAGGUUUCUUUGAUCCAACAUUAUUCCUAGAUAUGAGAUAUUGUCUAUUUAUAACCUGUUUCUUCAUCUACAAUUUUGGUAUGAUUGCACCAUAUACCUAUAUACCUGAAAGAGCAACUGAAGUAUUCAACAUAGACACUACUCGUUCAGCAUUUCUAAUAUCAAUUAUAGGCAUUUCAAAUGUUUCUAGUCGUCUCUUAUUCGCCUGGAUCGGCGAUUUGGGUAAAUCUAUUAGAUUUCUUUUAGGGUUAUUCUUAUUAUUUUCUAGCGGAAUUGUAACAAUUUUUAUAUCAUUUUAUACCGACUAUAAAACUAUGAUAAUAUAUUCUGUUAUAUUUGGUGCACUUUCCGGAAGUUGGAUAUCUCUUCUGCCAGUUAUAUUAGUUGAUAUAGUCUCUAUCGAUAAAAUAGAAAAAGGAUUCGGCUUGCUGUGUUCAUUCUCUUCCUUCGCUCUUCUCUUCGCUGGUCCUCUUUGUGGAUGGCUAAUUGAUAAAACACAGAAUUUCGACUCAACAUUUUACCUAGUUGGAAUAAUGCAACUUAUAAGCGGUGUUGUCUUCUCUUUUAACAAGCUGGUAGAAUACCUAGACGAAAGAAGAUCUUCCAAAACUUUGCAGGAUGAAUCGCAAACUCUUCUCAAACAUAGACGAAACAGAUCUUAUGUGUCCAUAUCUUAUGCUUGAUAAGAAAUCUAUAAAUUUG